GGCCCCUGUUCAGCAGAGCUCCUCUCCCAAACAGCCUCAUCAUCCUCACUGCCACCCAGAAAUCACAUCACAGCUGUAACUAUGGUCCCACCUCCGCCCCAGAGGCUCUGGGUGGGGAUGCUGGUUGUCAUGGCGAUGGUGGUGGUGGAGCUCCCCGGAGCCCUGCAGAGGUGCAUCUAUGACGAGGUGCAGGCCCGGGCCGGGGGGGUCCCACCCAACCAGCCCAGAGUCAGAGCCCAAACCAGACAUCCAGGACGGAGAAGUGUAGCCCCGCCCACUCCUGCCUCUCCACAGCCAAUCAGGAUCCGGACCUGGAUUGUGAAGGAGAGCAAGAACCUAUCAGAGGAUGAGAAGGAGAGGCUGGAGGCAGCGGUGGAGGACGCUGUGAGGACGGUGUCCUCUUUACUGUCAGUGAACAGAGUAAUCGGUCCGUUGCUGCUCAGCAGAAACAUCAACAAAUACUGCAAGUUUCUCUGGAAGAACUCAGCUUCUGCCAACUACAACAGAUGUGGUCGAGCCAACAGCAGCUACAGGAACGAGACGUGUCUGGAUGUGACGAUCCCUGAUGAUCAUCUGGCUGGAUGUGAUAUCUACCCUCAGGCUGGUUCUCCUCUCAGGAUCCAGCUCCGUCCUGGAGGAGCUGGACUCCCCGACACAGACUUCCUGCUCUACCUCCACAUACAGGCCACGGACAAGUGCCGAGCCCAGCCUGAUGUGUCGGCGUACGCCGUCCACUGUCAGACGGACGCUGGCGGUCGACCUUUAGCCGGGGUCGUGGUCAUCUGCAGGGACAGACUGACAGCAGCCACACACACACACCAGCCCGCUGUACAGACUGUGAUCCAUGAGCUCUUUCAUGUUCUUGGUUUCUCUAAAGAUCUCUUCCACACCUGGAGACACUGUUCCUCCACUUCUCAAGUCGGUCCCGGCUGUUCUCUCCGAGGCAGAGUGACCCACUCCGAUGGAUCCGGUCUGAUGAGGAUCUACUCUCCGUCCGUCACCUCGGCCCUGCAGACGCACCUGGCAGCCGCUGGCCCCGAGCUGGGGGGGCCGCUGGAAAACCUGGAUGCAGCUCCAGGAGGAGUGUCCUCCCACUGGGAGUCCCGGCUGCUGCAGGGCUCCAUCAUGGCGGCGGCGCUGGGCGACCCGACCACGGUCCGGAUCGACCCGCUCACCCUGGCGGCGCUGCAGGAUACCGGCUGGUACACUGUGGACCUGAACCGGGCCCAGAGCCUGGUCUGGGGACACGGUGAAGGAGCCAUGUUUGGUUCUUUAUCAACCUGCCAGAACAAAUCUUCAUCCUUUUUCUGCACCGGCAGUGGGUUUGGGUGUCAUUAUCUUCACCUCCACAAGGGGGAGUGCCAGACCGAUGAAUACCUGGAGGGAUGUCGAGUUUAUAAACCACUAAAGAACGGAAGUGAAUGUUGGAAAGAGGAAAACAGCAGAGAAGAGAACCGGAGCGGAGAGAUCUUUGGUUUCCACAGCCGCUGCUUCUUCUCCAACCUCACCAGACAGAACCAGAGUGGGUUCUUUGGGUCCAGCAGCUCUGUGGGGGGACGCUGUUACAGACUCAGGUGUACUGGGACGAACCGCUACCAGCUCCAGGUGUCUGGCUCUGAUUGGCUGGACUGUCCAGCAGGUGGCGCCGUUCAGAUCGAAGGAUUCCAGGGUUUAGUUCACUGCCCUGACAGGAGGUUAUGUGUGUACGCUGACGUUUCUCCUCCUGAACACCAAGUCACUACAUUUCCUGCUUCCAUCACAAGUGUGAGCCAGAAGGAGACCUGGUCGUCCCUCAGACCUCCUGCAGAGCUCACGGCGGUCCCAGCGCUCUGCGUCUCUGCAGCCGUGUGUCUCCUGGCUGCAGCCGUGGCGUCUGUCAGGACACGUUGCUCCUGCAGGGUCCGGAUCCACGCCGCCCCCCAGGACCACAUGGACCUGUAGCACACAGUGUCUGUAAGGAGAGACGCUGCAGGAGACAGUCAGGGGGAAACGCUCCCACCAUGAAACUACACCAGUUGAUUACUUAACAUUAUGGUUCAUUUUUAUCACAAGUU